AACUCCAUUGAAGACGGCUUUAAUGCCAGGGACUGGAUGGCACACAUCUGCAACGUGGCCGGCGGAAAGUGUGGCGGGAAAGAGCACACGGCUCAAGCAACGCUGAAUGGUGAAGGAGAUAUCGAUGCUGUUAUUAAGGCAGCUACAGAGUUUGCCGUUCUGAAGUUAGGAGUUGCGAGCUAA